CACACACACACCCAGAGAUCACCGCUCACUGCCAGCAAUGGAAAAAUCUUCAGUCCUCCUUGUGUGCAUUCUGGUGACAUGUUCAGUUUGGACAGUCCAAGGGAGAUCCUUUGAGGUCAACAUUGAUGAUCAGGAACCGGUGGAAGUGGAAAUCUCUGUGAAUGCCGACAAGCUUCCAGGUGUGUGCUGGGCCUGCAAGUGGGCUUUGAACAAGGUGAAGAAAGCCAUCGGCAGUAAUGCCACUGCAGAGAACCUGACAUCGAAGUUGAAAUCCAUCUGCGACCAAAUCGGCCUCUUAAAAUCUCUGUGCCGCAAAUUUGUGAAGACGCACCUCACAGAGUUAAUCGAGGAACUCACUACUACCGAUGAUGUGAGGACCAUCUGUGUCAAUACUGGAGCCUGCAAGCCAAAGGAGCUGUUGGACCUGUUCUUUAAUCCAAGGGACAAGGGUCCAUCAGUUGAAAUUAAUGAAUAUGCCUGAUGUCGUAUGCAUGAACAAUAAUUAAGAUGCACUUAAUUUGUUUGACUGAUACUCAGUGCAUAAAAAAUAUGAUCAAUAAUCUCUUCUAGCUUUCUGGCUUUCUACUUUGCAAUGUCUGUAAAAUCUAUUUCUGUUUCUGUGCAAAGAUCAUAUCAAUAAAUGUUUGCAUUUCAAA